CAUUUCAAAUAGGUGGCAACACUCCUCAAAAACUGCCUCCAACAGUUAUGCAUAUUUCUUAAACUUCUGUAAUUUGAUACCCACAUUGUAAUAUUUAAUUUAUUUGAUCAACCAAGUAGGAACCCUCUUCGAAAAUCUUUUUGACUGUAGGCAAUCGAAAAGUGUUCGCGCCGAGCAGUCGUGUUUCUAUUCGCUCUCCAAUUUUCUUUGAUUAAAAUCAUAUACCUAGUUAUUUAUUUGCUAAUCAUUGGCAUGGUGCAUAUUGAACAAUCUGAGACAGUGACUCUUUUAUUAAAAUUGGAUUUAUUUAAGUGAAUAAAUUUUUGUAAAUCCAUUUAAUAUGCCUUGUGUUUGUGGGCAGAAGGUUGAGCGCCCUGAAUCUAAAGUGCAGUGCUCUAAGUGCAUAGAGUUUUUUCAUCUCAAAUGCGUCGGCAUUCAACAGGCUGAUCUUGACUAUUUGCUGAGCAUAGAUAAGCCGUUUUUUUGUAAUGUUUGUUUGGAUGUGUGCCGUAAGUCAAUUCGUUCUCCUCCACCACCUGCGGUUGUGGAUAUGAGUGACGAGCGCCAAAAUAAAAACGCUGAUGGAAAUGUAGUUAAACAACAAAGGUUAUCUACUGUGGCCGAAGAAAUUAAAGCGGAUAAUGCUCGCCUUUUGUCUGCUGUCAGUGUGCUUCAUGAAGAAAAUAAGUGUUUAUUGCAAAAGUAUGACACUCUUCAAGCGGAGAUUCGUGAACUGCACACUAAACUUGAUGCUAAAGAUGCUACAUUGUCUCUCCUGCUAUCGGAAAUCAAAGGUUUGCAUCGUGUUGUUAUUAGCUGCCUUGCUCAAAAUUCAAAUUCGGAAAUUGACGUAAACAAACAAGUAAAAUCGCCAUCUUCAUGCUCUUUGUCUGCUGGUGCUAUUGCUUCGGCUGCUGCUACUCAUAAUUCAGUCUCAGUCACCGGCGCGGGGAGUGCUAAACUACUGCCUCGCUCUGCAAUUUCGGAAAUUAACAAAAACAAACAAGUAAAAUCGUCAUCUUCAUGCUCCUUGUCUGGUGGUGCUAUUGCUUCGCUCGCUGCUGCUGCUCAUAAUUCAUAUAAUUCGUAUAGUGACUCUGUCACUGGCAUGGGGAGUGCUAAAUUACCGCCUCGCUCUGCUAAUUCAGAAAUUAACGAAAACAAACAAGUAAAAUCAUAUAGCUACACUACCGCUGGCGUGGGGAAUGCUAAACAGCCGCCUCGCUCUGCUACUGCGGCGGACGCAGCGUCGACGCUAUCUUCCCAUGUCACUGCUACUGGCACUCAGUUAUCUUCUUUGCUGCCCGCUCAAAUUUGCCCAUCAAUGUUGCACUCUCCCUCGUCUGCUACUGUCACUAAUGUAGUGACUGCGACGUCAACUCCGAUGAUUGCUGCUAGUCCAUGUACUCAGUUAUCUGCUGUGCUGCCCGAUGAUAAUCCUUAUACGGGUGUGGGUGUUUUGAUCGCUGUGAAGAGCGGUUUACGAUCUUCAAUACAACAGUUAUCAAAUAAUGAUACUCUUCUUGAUCAGCUUUGUGUCUGCAUUCUUAGUAGUUUUCGUAAACUAUUUAUAUGCGUAUCUGAAAAUAUUGUUAAUCUUUGUGAAAAAAAUGAAGAUUGUAAUAUUUGCAUUCUUGGUGAUUUCAAUCUUAGCGAUCUCGUAUGGUCUGACCUACAAUUUAAUGGUAUCUUGACACCAACUAAUGUUAAUAGAUCUCAUGAAAUGUACUUUAUGGAUAGCCUUCUUAGUCUUAACCUUAUCCAAAUUAAUACCUUAUUUAAUAAGUUAGGUAAAAUAUUGGAUCUUGUAUUUGUUAACAUAAUAUUUAAUUUAUUUGAAUGCGCUUUUCCAAUAAGUAAAACAGAUAAACAUCAUGUGCCUCUUAAAGUUGGAAUUUUAUAGCGUUGUUGCUUAUGGUAAUGAAAAAUGCAUUUCUUAUAACUUUCGUAAUGCUAACUAUGAAAGGUUAAACGCUGCCAUAACCAAUAUAAAUUGGGACUCCGUUCUUAACACCAGUGAUUUAGCUGAUUGUUUUGAAAGUUUUAUAUGCGAAAUUCACGAUGUCUUUUCGAAGAACCUUUCAGUUCUCUCACCUCCUAUUCAUAAAUUACCAUGGUAUAACAAAAACCUUAAAAAGUUAAAAAA